CAACAGGGUAUCAUUCUGACCUUGCAGUAGGGGCAGGGUACGCAUUGACGUAUCCCUAAUGACUCCUCAUUCUUCUCCUCCUCCCCUCCUUCUUCCUCCUCCUCUUUCCUUUUCCCGUUCGGACUCUCCAGGCUGGAAACCUGCCUUGUUGAUGCCCCUUCCUACUAAAUAGCUACCACCACCACCUACUACUUACUUCCUACCAAACCAACUAGUUACUUACCUACUAACUACCGAUAUAAACACGUUAUUAGUUGCUUAGAUGAAGCCUCGUGAGUCCCGUCGAUCGCAACAAUGAGUGUCUCGCUCUGUGUGCGCCCCGCGCUACGCCCAGGUCGAGUGUUCUCAGUGCUCGCCCGGCAGUCAGCAAUCCGGAUACGUCGGUUUCCUGCCUUUACGGCCCCCAACUACAAGACACGGUCGGUACUAGAGCCAUGGACGCCGACCGUCAAACGACUCGCUAGCACUGUAUCAUCGUCGUCGUCGUCAUCGUCGUCGUCGAAAUCGACCGCCUCGUCGGUGUCCUCGACUCCCUACUCUGCGUUGACCGUCGGGGUGCCUUGUGAAACGUACCCGAACGAGCGCCGCGUAGCAAUCACCCCCAACAAUGUCGCCUUGCUGCUUAAGAAAGGGUUUGCGCGGGUUCUCGUUGAACGUGGUGCUGGCGAGGGCGCCCAGAUCCCCGACGCAGAUUACGAGAAAGCCGGCGCGACUCUCGUCAAUUGCAAGGCCGUCUGGUCACAGAGCGAUAUCGUGCUCAAGGUGCGGCCCCCGCUUGCGGAGGGAGAGCAGAACGAGGUCGACCUGCUGCGACCGGGUGCAACGGUCGUCUCCUUCCUGUAUCCCGCCCAGAACAGGCCCCUCGUCGACAAGCUGGCGGCGAGAGGAGUCACCUCGUUUGCAAUGGAUAUGGUGCCGCGAAUCUCGAGGGCUCAGACCUUUGAUGCGUUGAGUUCUAUGGCGAACAUUGCAGGCUACAAGGCUGUGCUGGAAGCCUCGAAUCAGUUUGGUCGUUUCUUGACUGGUCAGGUCACUGCCGCUGGAAAGAUUCCCCCGAGUAAAGUGCUCGUCAUUGGAGCCGGUGUUGCCGGGCUGAGUGCCAUCGCAGCGGCGCGUCGCCUCGGAGCUAUCGUCCGUGGAUUCGAUACACGGUCGGCAGCACGCGAACAGGUGCAGUCUCUCGGCGCAGAGUUCAUUGAGGUCGAGAUCCAGGAGGAUGGCGCCGGUCAGGGCGGCUACGCGAAAGAGAUGUCCAAGGAAUUCAUCGAGGCGGAGAUGAAGCUGUUCAUGGAACAGUGUCGCGAGGUCGAUAUCGUCAUUACCACCGCUUUGAUCCCGGGGAAGCCUGCUCCGAAGCUCAUCACCAAGCAGAUGCUUGCUGCGAUGAAGCCUGGCUCUGUUGUCGUCGAUCUGGCGGCAGAGGCGGGUGGAAACUGCGAGGCCACGGUCCCCGGUGAACUGGCCAAAUACAAAGACGUCACAGUCAUUGGAUACACCGACCUGCCAUCCCGUCUGCCUACACAAGCGUCGACCCUGUACUCGAACAACAUCGUCAAGUACCUCCUGUCCAUGACACCCCAGGACAAAUCAUUUGGCGUCGAUCUCUCCGAUGAAGUGGUCCGCGGCUCGAUCGUCACCUUGAAUGGGGAGGUCCUCCCUCCAGCGCCGAGACCCAUGCCUCCCCCCGCGCCACCCAAGACGGCCGCCCCGGCUGCUGCCCAACAGGAAGAAGCGAAACUGGCUGUCACUCCAUGGCAGAAGGCCACUCGCGACGUCACCGCCGUUACUGCGAGCAUGGGGACCGCCCUUGCCCUGGGCAAGGUCACCGGUCCGAUCUUCAUGAGCAAUAUGCUCACUUUCGGUUUGGCUGGUCUGGUCGGCUACCGCGCCGUGUGGGGGGUGGCGCCUGCGCUUCAUUCUCCGUUGAUGAGUGUCACGAAUGCCAUCUCUGGUAUGGUCGGAAUCGGCGGUCUCUUCGUCAUGGGCGGUGGGUAUGUGCCUACCACUGUACCCGAGGCCCUUGGCGCUAUUUCUGUGUUGCUUGCCUUUGUCAACGUCGCUGGAGGUUUCGUCGUGACCAAGCGCAUGCUUGAUAUGUUCAAACGCCCCACAGAUCCCCCGGAAUACCCAUGGCUCUAUGCUAUCCCUGCCGUUGUGUUCGGUGGAGGCUUCCUCGCCGCGGCGAGUACCGGGAUGGCUGGUCUGGUGCAGGCAGGGUAUCUUAUCAGCAGUCUCUUGUGCAUUGGCUCGAUUUCCGGCCUAGCCUCUCAGCAAACCGCUAGACGGGGUAAUAUCUUCGGUAUCCUCGGCGUAGCCUCUGGUAUUCUUGCCUCGCUUGCUGCCGUGGGCUUUUCCCCUGAGACCUUGACGCAGUUCGUUGCCGUUGCAGGCAUUGGAGGUUUAGUUGGAGCACUGAUCGGUCGCCGUAUUACACCCACCGGACUUCCCCAAACAGUUGCCGCUUUACAUUCCGUGGUUGGCCUGGCUGCGGUGUUGACCAGCAUUGGAAGUGUGAUGGCUGAUGUUUCCGACAUUUCGACGUUGCACAUGGUCACCGCGUAUCUGGGAGUUCUAAUUGGUGGCGUUACAUUUACCGGGUCUAUCGUUGCCUUCCUCAAGCUCGCUGGCCGCAUGUCGUCUCGACCGACCAUCCUCCCCGGCCGCCAUGUCAUCAACUCGAGCCUUCUCGGCGCCAAUGUCGUUACCAUGGGCGCCUUUGUUACUCUGGCCCCUGCUUCACCGGUCAUCGCAGCGACAUGUCUGGGGGCAAACACCGCCCUGAGCUUUCUCAAGGGUUUUACCACCACGGCGGCCAUUGGUGGAGCUGACAUGCCCGUUGUAAUUACUGUUCUCAAUGCUUACUCUGGGUUCGCUCUGGUCGCGGAAGGGUUCAUGCUUAACAAUCCGUUGUUGACGAGUAUUGGGUCUUUGAUUGGCGUCAGCGGCUCGAUUCUCUCAUAUAUCAUGUGCGUGGCUAUGAAUAGAUCACUCACCAAUGUUCUUUUCGGUGGAAUCGCCACGACAAACCACACCCAGAAGAAGAUAGAAGGACAGGUCGUCCAAGCCACGGUUGACGAUACGGUCGAGUCUCUCGUCAACGCCGAGAAUGUGAUUAUCAUCGUCGGGUAUGGCAUGGCAGUUGCCAAGGCGCAGUAUGCUCUCGCUGAAAUUGUUCGCAUGCUUCGCGCCAAGGGCGUCAAGGUGCGCUUCGCCAUUCACCCCGUUGCGGGUCGGAUGCCGGGCCAGUGCAAUGUUCUCCUGGCCGAAGCAUCGGUGCCGUACGACAUCGUCCUUGAAAUGGACGAGAUCAAUGAUGACUUCUCGGACACGGACGUCACCCUCGUCAUUGGCGCCAACGAUACCGUCAACCCCAUCGCCCUGGAACCCGAUUCGCCCAUCUCCGGCAUGCCUGUGCUCCAUGCCUGGAAGAGUAAGGAGGUUAUCGUCAUGAAGCGCGGGAUGUCAAGUGGAUACGCUGAUGUUCCUAAUCCCAUGUUUUAUAUGCCCGGCACAAAGAUGCUGUUCGGCGACGCCAAAGCCUCUUGCGACAGCAUCAAGGCUGGUCUCGAGGCUCGCCAGUGAUUUAUUCUUCCAUUGGUCUCUGAUUUGAUAUUGAAAUCUAUGCGUCCUGUUCAUCAAGCCUUUUUGUUUCUAUCGAUCUAUCCAGCAGUUGCAAUCACUUGGUUGGCCGACAUACUUCGUAUAUAAUUAGCACAGUGCACUUCUUCAUCCAUGAUUAUAUCUUUCUUUUUUCUGCAGAUCCUCUAGUUAUAUAGUAUGUAGUACAUCAUCUUAUUGUAAAAUGGGUAGCCCCGCUUUGCCCGU